AGCACCACCGCCAAAGUAAGCUCCUUUACUGACGACGGAGACGAAGCGCAGCGCAAAAGCUCGGGACUUUCGUCGAGCGGAGCAAAGCGAAGCGCGACCCAUUCAUCGUCUCGAGUCAGUCUGCGGGAGCCCAUCUCCGCAGAAGCUUCCGGGGAAGCAGCGGGGAGCCCCGUGGGGGAGAAGCUGAGAGCCUAAUCGAAUUGAGAACUCGAAGCUGAAGGACAGGGACAAAGGGGGUUCGUCCCUUUUCGUGGCUGAUCGUUUGGAAGUGAUGGGGGACGCGAACGCCGUGGCCGGCAAUCUGGCUCGCGCGAUCGCCACCGCCUUGGACUGGAGCUCCGCUCCCGACGCUCGCAGAGCCGCCGUCUCUUUCCUUGAAUCCAUCAAGACUGGAGAUGUACGAGUAUUAGCAAGCUCGUCAUUCCUUCUAGUAAAGAAGGAUUGGUCUUCUGAAAUUAGAUUGCAAGCCUUCAAGAUGCUGCAGCAUUUGGUUAGAUUGCGAUGGGAAGAAUUGAACCCCACAGAACGUAGGAAUUUUGCAAAUGUUGCUGUAGAAUUGAUGUCUGAGAGUGCAUCUUCCUCUGAAGAAUGGGCUUUGAAGAGUCAAACAGCUGCCCUUGUUGCUGAGAUAGUUAGAAGAGAAGAACUGAGUUUGUGGCAGGAGCUACUUCCCUCUCUAGUUUCCUUCUCCAGCAAGGGACCCAUACAAGCGGAGCUGGUUUCAAUGAUGCUGAGGUGGCUUCCUGAAGACAUUACUGUUCAUAAUGAAGACUUAGAAGGUGAUAGGCGCAGGCUGUUGUUACGAGGACUCACACAAUCGUUGCCUGAUAUUCUACCUUUACUGUACACUUUGCUAGAGAAGCAUUUUGGAGCUGCCUUGAUCGAAGUUGGUAGGCAACAAUUUGAAAUUGCAAAACAACAUGCAGCGACGGUAAUUGCUACCUUAAAUGCCAUCAAUGCAUAUGCUGAGUGGGCUCCAGUGUCAGACCUUGCUAAAUUUGGCAUUAUUCACGGGUGUGGCAUUUUACUCUCCUCUCCUGAUUUCCGUCUUCAUGCCUGUGAAUUUUUCAAACUUGUCUCCCCAAGAAAGAGACCAGUUGACUCCUCUGCUCCGGAAUUUGAUGCUGCAAUGAGUAACAUCUUUCAGAUCUUAAUGAAUGUUUCUAGAGAAUUUCUGUAUAGAUCUACAUCAAAUCCAGGCAUCAUCGAGGAAAAUGAAUUUGAGUUUUAUGAGUAUAUAUGUGAGAGCAUGGUCUCUUUGGGUUCUUCAAACUUGCCAUGCAUUGCCGGCGAGAGCACUGUGCUUUGUCUUUACUUGCAGCAGAUGCUGGGCUUCUUUCAGCAUUUCAAAUUUGCUCUUCAUUUCCAAUCUCUGCUCUUUUGGUUGGCACUGAUGAGAGAUUUAAUGUCAAAGGCUAAGGUGCCUCCAAAUGUGGGUGGGGAAACCCCGGCCACUGGUAGUCUAGGUUCUAGUUCUGGACAGGUUGAUAAGGAGAAGAAAAGGCUCUUGGAUUAUGUAAAUGAUGAUAUGUGCAGUGCCAUUCUAGAGACAUCUUUCCUAAGGCUGCUCAAGAAAGAAAAAGCUCUUCCUGAGACAAUAGUAUCUCUGGGAACUCUGGAGUUGUGGAGUGAUGAUUUUGAGGGCAAGGGUGAAUUUAGCCAGUAUCGGUCACGGCUGUUGGAGUUGGUUAGGUUUGUUGCUGCAAACAAACCCAUAAUAUCUGGUGGGAAAGUAUCUGAAAAAAUCAUCUCAAUUAUCAAGAAUCCCUUGCUUCCUCGAAUGCCUGCUCAGGAUAUGGCUUUGAUGGAAUGUAUGCAGUUGGCUCUAGAAAAUGUUGUGAACACAGUUUUCGAUGGAUUAGGCGAAUUUGGAGGUGGUAAUUCUGAAGUUCAACUCACAUUGUGCACUAUAUUCGAAGGGUUACUUCAGCAACUUCUUGCUUUGAAAUGGAGUGAACCAGUUCUUGUGGAAGUUCUUGGGCGCUACUUAGAUGCAUUCGGUCCUUUCCUGAAGUAUUUUCCAAAUGCUGUUAGCAGUGUCAUCACCAAAUUGUUUGAGCUUUUAACAUCGCUUCCCUUUGCCGUUAAGGAUCCCUCAGCAAAUAGUGCAAGGCAUGCAAGACUGCACAUAUGUUCCUCAUUUAUUCGGAUAGCCAAAGCUGCUGAUAAGAGCAUUCUGCCAUACAUGAAGGGAAUUGCUGACACAAUGGCCUAUCUUCAAAAAGAAGGUUGUCUUCUGCGUGGUGAACAUAAUAUUCUUGGAGAAGCAUUUCUCGUAAUGGCUUCUGCUGCUGGGACUCAACAGCAGCAAGAAGUUUUGCUUUGGUUGUUGGAACCACUGAGCCAACAAUGGAUCCAGGCAGAAUGGCAAAACAAUUAUUUAUCUGAACCUUCAGGCUUGGUUCACUUGUGCACUGAGACAUCCUUUAUGUGGUCAAUUUUCCAUACAGUGACAUUUUUUGAGAAGGCACUCAAGAGAAGUGGAUACAGAAAAGGGAAUUUGAAUUUGCAGAGCAGCUCCAUAGGAAAUUCAGCUUUUUUGCAUCCAAUGGCUUCGCAUUUGUCAUGGAUGCUACCUCCUCUUCUAAAAUUACUUCGUGCCAUACACUCCCUUUGGUCUCCUCCUGUUUUCCAUAUGUUACCCAGUGAGCUGAAGGCUGCAAUGACCAUCAGUAAUGUGGAGCAGACCAGCCUUCUCGGAGAAGGGGUUCCUAAAUCUUCAAAGUCCACAUUGACUUCGGUAGAUGGAUCUCAAACUGACUUGAGCAAGGAAGGAAAUACAGAGCCAAAUGAAAAUGAUAUUCGGAACUGGUUGAAAGGUGUCAGAGACAGUGGGUAUAAUGUGCUAGGCUUAUCAACUACUGUAGGUGAUGCAUUUUUCAAAUGUUUGGACAUUCAAUCUGUCGCUGUAGCACUGAUGGAAAAUAUCCAAUCCAUGGAAUUCCGGCAUAUAAGGCAGCUUGUUCAUUUAGUUGUAGUUCCAUUGAUUAAAUCUUGUCCAGUAGACUUGUGGGAAGCCUGGCUAGAGACACUCCUCCAACCAUUGUUCCUCCGCUCUCAACAAGCUCUUAGCAGCUCAUGGUCCAGUCUGCUGCAUGAAGGUAGAGCAAAGGUUCCAGAUACUACUGGCGUGGUUGCUAGUUCAGAUUUGAAAGUUGAGGUGAUGGAGGAGAAGUUACUUCGAGAUUUAACUCGUGAAAUAUGUGCACUCCUCUAUGUGAUAGCUUCCCCAGCAUUAAAUACAGGGCUUCCUUCACUCGAACAGUCAGGGCAUGCCAACCGCAUCGACAUAUCUUCUCUGCAAGAGUUGGACAUCUACUCACAAAGCUCUAUGGUUAGUUUCCUUAUGAAGCGCAAAGGUCUGGCUCUUCCUGUAUUACAGAUGUGUUUAGAAGUUUUCACAUGGACAGAUGGCGAUGCGGUGACCAAAGUUUCUUCUUUUUGUGCUACUGUAAUUCUUCUAGCUAUAUCAACCAAUAACGUGGAACUUCGUCAAUUUGUCGCUAGUGAUUUAUUUUCUGCCGUAAUUCACGGUUUGACUUUAGAAUCAAAUGCCAUCAUCAGUGCUGAUUUGGUUGGCCUCUGUCGUGAAAUAUUUGUCUAUCUUUGUGAUAGAGACCCAGCUCCCAGGCAGGUUCUGCUUUCCCUCCCUGCUAUUACACCCCAAGAUCUUCGAGCUUUUGAAGAAGCAUUGACAAAGACCUCUAGCCCAAAGGAACAGAAGCAGCAUAUGAAGAGUCUGCUUUUGUCGGCUGCAGGAAAUAAGUUAAAAGCGCUUGCUGCUCAAAAGAGUGUCAAUGUUAUCACGAACAUGUCAGGUCGGCCUCGCAGCUCAGUCAGUGCUCCAGGAUCAGGGGUUGAGGAAGGGGAUACUCUGGGAUUGGCAGCAAUUUUGUGAGCUAUAUCUUUCUGUCGAGGCAAAUUCUUUUGUACAGAUAUGAAGUUGACUUAUGAGAUGCAUCCACAUCUUACUAGAAGCGGGUGAGAAGAGGCCUUUUCAAUCUCUCUCACCAAAAUUCUAGACAGUUUGUCGGUCUUGGUCGGUGUGUUCAGGUUUUGCAUAACGCGAGUUCGUACAAAAUCCCGUCUUGAGCUCGUAGAUAUCCGUGUGGUGUUGAGUUUAUUAAUGUAUUCUUUGGUCUUGGAUUGAAAUGAAUUGGCUGUCGGAUUCUGGAGUCUGUAGAAGGUUUUCAGUCUCGAGCUUACAUAGCUAGCCGUAGCUCUUGCGGCUUUUUGUCCAGGAUAGUUAUGAACAGUCCUGACACCCAGAAAUAUGAUGGGUAAUUGACAUGAUACAUUGAUAGUUACCAUAUAUCUUUGUCCUCUUUUUAUUUCCCCUAUUUUGCCCCUCAGUUCAAUAAGAUGCUACAAUUGUUGUUUUGUUCAGUGAACUUAAAUUCAUUGUUUCUUUGCUUGAAAUUCGAAGAUUUUACGACCAGAAAAGGAUCCAAGUUUCAUGGGUAUUGAUAUUAAUUAGGAGACAAACCUUAUGAAUGCAAGGAGCCGAAAUACUAGAGCUUGCUUAAAUUUGCGAUGUCGAGUGCACAAUUUGGAUGAAAACCAUUGAGGGCCCAGAUGAUACUUUGGUAACUUGGUUGGAAUUGGACUCGGUUGAUUGUUUUCCUCUCUACUUCCAAGACAAGGGACCGGAUUCACAUGUCAACAUCUCAUAUUUCAAUUGCUAAUAUGAACUAGAUGGCUUUUCUAUGGAUGAAAUGGGCAGCAGCAAAGUCCGACUCAACUUUGAAUUUGGAUGAGUUUCUUUUUCUCCUUGUUGUUUCGAGGAGACAACUGUUUCCUGCUUAUCUAUUUUAUUUACUCUUGCAUCUAGGGGAAGAGCUUCCUUACAGGGGAAGCAAGCAAAGUGCAGUCUCCGAGCAUCACUAUCACGCAUAAACAAUACCGUCUCGAACUUCCGUGCAGCCCAGGGCGAUCGUCGACAUGCGAGAACCAUCCAAGCAGAGACACGUAGUGAGCUGAAGUCGUAAGAAAAGAUGAGACUCGGAUAGGAGACCAUAAAGAAAUGCAAUUUGGUCUUUAAGAUUAGGUGAUGGAUGGACGGAUGGAUGGAUGGAUGGUGCAAGCCUUCUGAAUGGUAGGUUUGAAGAACAGCAGGUGAGCGGGAAGGGGAGUUAAUACGGGGGCCCUCUCUGCAUUUGGGUAGCUAAAAGAGGCUUCUAGCAAAGCCCCAUACUCUCUUUAUAAACCCCUCAAAACCUUCUCUGGCGCUUCCCACUACUUCUGCCACCUAUUCAAUAAUAUCAAGAGGAUUCGAGAGAAGAUCAGUCUGAAUUUUUUUCUCUAGUUGGAGGUGUGUGGCUGUGAAGUGAAGCGAGAGAGGGGGGAAGCUUAUGGGACCAGGAGGACCGGGAGGACCGGGAGGACCUGGAGGACCGCCGGGUUGGGGGGGGCCUCCGCCGCUGGGGCCGCCUGGUUUCUUUGGUGGCUUUUGCGACGUUAUAGGUUCUUGCUUGAAUUUUCUAUGCUGCUGCUGGUUGCUGCAAGAUUGCUUUGGUGGUCCAGGAGGACCGCCGGGGCCGCCGGGACCUGGGUUCGGACAGCCACCGCCUUAAAUUCCCGGCUGUCCCAUUCAUUAGGAUACCAUGUCUAAACGCUGCGGGUGUUUGGUCUAUGUUUCUUGUAUCAUCUUAUGUUCCUGUAAUAAGUGUUUCCCUUUUAUUCUUGUGGGAAACCAGCGGAAAAGACGAUAGGCGUGGCUAA